GAGCAGCGACGCAGUUUCCGCGUUCACCUUACACUUGGUGGAAGGAAGGGGACCAACAGGUGAGAAGGGCGGAAAAGCAACAGUAUACUUCGCCCGUUCGGCGCAUCAAGCUGCGUUGAGGACGUCGCCGCCAAGUCCAAGAAGGUGUUUACCGCGCCGCAUUCAUCGAUCGCCGGUGCUUGCAAGUCUCAGCUGCUCGCCGUACGCUUUCUCAACCGGUCACAGUGAAGGGCAUGUUUUCAAGAAUGGCAGCGCCUUGAGCACGGCCGGAUCCCUGUGCGUUAUGCUGGUCCUGCUCGUCGGUGGUUGUGCUGGUCAGUGAAUGCGUGUGGUUACUUGCAUCGCUGCUGCUGGAUAUUCCAUCGUUCUCACUCAUCACUGAAUUAUUCGAUGGCGUAAGGAAGUGCCGACUGAUAUGAGGUGAUGGUUCGAAUGAAAGGACAUAGCAGUUGGACAGCUUUGUAACGACAGCAUGACUGAAGAACUGAUAUUUGUCCCUCAUCUGAUAUGGAGGUGGUUGACCAUAAUUCUGUUAAUAGGCAAGUGCCAAGGUCAGGCGAAUGCCCCCCCAGAAUUUCUAGUCGGUGGAAACAUGGAAAAGUUUUCAUUGCGUGAGGACACUGCAGUCGGUGCAUCUGUCUAUACGCUGAGGGCCAUAGAUCCUGAACACACAAAAGUUUCCUACUAUAUCAGUGGAGGAACCUUUAGUGUAAAUAAAGAUACAGGGGUUGUGCGGCUUACAAGGCCACUGGACAGAGAAGAGGAAAGUACUGUCGAUGUCAUUAUAAGCAUCACUGAUGAAAAGAUACAAGGCCAGAAGGCCAACACGGUUUCACUACAAAGAGAGAUAAGCGUUCUUGACUUCAAUGACAACCCUCCGAUAUUUGAAAAUGGGCCUUAUACAUUUCAUGUUGAUGAGGAUACUCAAGUUGGAACAACAGUUUACCGAAAUAUAAUCGUGACAGAUGCUGACUUGGGAAUCAAUGCUGAUGUUGAGGUUUCAUGCCAGAAGCACUUGACACCAGUGACGUGUGAUCUAUUUGGUUUGAAUCAAGUUCGUCUUGGGAUGGGACGGUUUCUUCAAGAAAUAAUAUUGAAGAAACUCCUCGACUACGAAGACCAGACAACCUACGUUAUGAGCCUACUUGCAAAUGACCUCGGCACGGAAAAUCGAAUGAAUUCCACAGCUGAUGUUAUUAUCAAAGUCAAUGAUGUUCAGGACCAGCCACCAGUGUUUGUGGCUGAUUCAUACUCUGUAACCGUCGCUGAAAAUAGCCCCGAGGGCACAUCAGUUCUCUUGGCCUCAGCCCAUGAUGCAGAUGCUGGUUUUAGGAGGCUUUUGUCUUUCAAGUUGAUUAAUGACACCAAGGGAUACUUCAGAUUAGGGAAAGUGGACGUUGAUGACAAUGGUAUUCACCAUGUUGUAGUGGAGACUUCUGAUGUUACAAUCGACCGUGAAGAUGCCGACAUUGAGAAAAGUGGUGGACUCUACAGCUUUAAAUUACAGGCAGUCGAGAUGGUCGAUGGUGUACCAAAGGGUGGAGUGGCUAUCUCAGAUGUCAACAUUGUCAUCACAGAUACUGAUGAUCAUGUGCCUGAGUUCAACAGCCACAACUUUAGUAUCAUCAUAUCUGAGGAUACACCAGAGAACUCUGCCAUCCCUGGUCUUAACAUGGUUGUCAACGAUAAUGAUGUUGGCGAAAAUGCAAGAUUUGGCCUGACCUUGCGAAAUGUGAACAAUUCCGAUGGAGUCUUUUCUGUGUACCCACCAUCAGCUGUUGGUCGAACUCCUGUGCUCAUCAAGGUUGCUGAUGCCGACCGGCUUGAUUAUGAAGAUGAAAAUGCCCGGAUGUUUGUGUUUGAGGUUGUCGCAUCACAGCAUGGAUUUGAAGUUGCAAGUGCCACCGUUACUGUAGCUCUAUCUGAUGCCAACGAUAAUGGUCCCAUGUUUGAGAAUGAGCAAUAUCUGAUACAGGUACCUGAGAGUGCAAGGAAUGGAAUGACCAUUUUCUCUCUUGAGGCAUAUGAUGCUGACAGUGGGCCAUUUGGCAAGCUUUCGUAUUCCAUGAAGGGCUAUGGAUCAGAAAAGUUCAUAGUAGAAAAAGAUACUGGGCGUAUCAGGAUUGCCUCUUGCAAAAAUGGCUGCCUCGAUUAUGAGAGUGUUCCCAACUACUCCUUCACUUAUGAGGCCCAAGAUGGAGGUGGCAAGGUGUCUUCUGUGAACCUGUUUAUACAAGUUGUGGAUGUAAAUGACAAUGCCCCCCAGUUCACCAAGGACAGUUAUCUUGUAGACUUGGUGGAAGAUGCAUCUGAGUUUGCCUCACCUGUCUUUGUUAAGGCCACAGAUGCUGAUGGACCUAACCAAGGCAAUGGCCGUGUACAGUACAUGAUCAAAGCCACUAACCUCACUCAUCCUGAAGUGAUUUCUAUUGAUGCUGAGACUGGAGAGCUCUCACUUAUGGGAAGUCUUAACAUCACUGCAGCACCAUACGGUGCCACACGAUUUGAGGUCAUCAUUCAGGCCACUGACUUUGGUGAACCACGUCUUGCUUCGGAAAUUCCACUUAUUAUUCGGCUCAAGAGAAAAAAUGAAGGCGCACCUUACUUCUUGAAUGCUCCUUACAAAGCUAGUGUCAAUGAAAAUGCUAAGCCAGGAACUACUGUUCUCCAGUUAGUGGCCACUGACCCAGAUGGCCCAGAUGACAGCAUCAGCUACUACAUUGAUUCUGGAGCCAGGGACAACUUUGUUCUCAACAAAUUGACAGGAAUCCUGAGUACAUCAUCAAAUGCAAAUUUGGACAGGGAGUUGAAUGGAGACUCAUACCAUGUUGUGGUGUAUGCUGUUGAUGGAGGCGUGGUACCACAGAAAGCCUUUACCUCGGUAACAGUCUCCGUACAAGAUGUCAACAACAAGCCACCUGUCUUUGCAAAGGACAACUAUGUGCACUGGGUUACUGAAAGUCUACCUGUUGGACGUGAGGUCUUGAAUGUGACAGCCAUUGAUCCUGAUGUUGGGGCUAAGGUGCGGUAUGACAUUGAAGAACCCAUAAUAGCAAGGGACAAGACAGGAUCCUUAGUCACUUCGACAAUCACGUAUAAUUAUAAGAAUGCUUUUCGCAUCAAUGGAGUGACAGGUCAAAUCACGGUAAACAGCCCUUUGGAUUACAAUGCAGCAUCAGUCAUUACAUUUAAUGUAGCUGCUGUUGAUCAAAAUGGGGCCAUUCAGCCUCAGAAAACUACAGUGGAGGUCACUGUAUACAUUCAAGCACAUAGUGAGAGUAAUCCAAUAUUCGCCCCUCCAUGGACUCCUGCAAACCCAAAAAUUGAGAUCACUGUUCCCGAAGAAUCUACAGUCGGCUCCACUAUAUUUACAGUCACAGCCCGUGAUCCCCUCACUCAUGCUGCUGUUACCAAUUUCGCAAAGAUCCCAGAGUCUGACCAAGGAAGCUUCUUUUCAGUCAGCCCAAUAUCUGGUGCGGUAACACUCAACCAGAGGCUUGAUUAUGAGGAGUUGCCUGAAAAAGUGUUGGCAUUUGAUGUGAAGGCCAUCAUCGGUCAGGAUAAGAACAGCCAAAAGUCUUCCAUUGCUACAGUGAUCAUUAAUGUUCAGGACAUUAAUGACAACAGCCCAGUUUUCUCACAAAAUUCGUAUGUAACAAUGGUGUCAGAAGCCACACACUUCCCUCAUACCAUCCUGCUUAUCACUGCAACUGACAAGGACACACAACAAGGAUAUGGAGUUGUCCAAUACUUUAUCUCUGGAGAAGGAUCUGAUGUGUUCAGCAUCAAUGAAACAACAGGUGCCCUUGGAAUCCAGGAAGGUGCAGUUCUUGACAGAGAAAAGCAGCCUCUGUACAACCUGCAGGUUACUGCUGUUGACAACCCAGGGGCACCAUCAAACCAGCGCAGGACAUCAGUACUGGUGGUGAUUAAGAUCCAAGAUGAGAAUGACAAUGCACCGGAGUUCAGUCAGUCUGGCUACACAGCUGUCGUGCCAGAAAAUGUUCCAACAGGUUUCAGCAUUCUGACCGUGAGAGCGAGUGAUAAAGAUGCUGGUUCCAACGCAGAAGUCACUUAUUCCUUUGUGGACGAGCCUGAAGUCGGAGCCAUCACACUUUUUGCGAUCAAUGACAAGACAGGUGUCAUUACAGUGAUACAACCACUCUCUGGGAGGGGGCGGUCAGAGCCAUACUUCUUGACAGUACGAGCCACAGAUGGUGGCACCCCUUCACUUCACACAGAUGUCAAAAUACUCAUCAUUAUAGGAGACGUGUCCUCAAAUGAUGGCAUACCACGUUUUAUACGACCACGGAUGGGCGAAGUUGCCUAUGUGCAUGAGAAUGUUACUAUUGGAGCUUCAGUGUUCCAAGUUCAGGCUGUCGACCCAGACAGUGCAUUGUCUUCAAACGGACAAGUGGCAUACAAGUUUCUUGACAAACACAGUGCCGUUGGAGAAGACUUGGAAUUUGAAAUAGACCCUGCAUCUGGCCUAGUGAGCACCACAGCUGUCUUGGAUCGGGAGAAGCGAGACAAUUACACGCUAGUGGUCGUGGCCUAUGAUAUGGGAGUUCCCCCUCAAGAGGCACACCAGAUUCUUAGAGUUGUUGUGCUUGAUGUUGACGACAAUGAGCCAGAGUUUGAAAGAUCACGCAAUGCCGAACCUGUUGUGAUGAAGAUAAAAGAGGAAGUUCCCAUUGGUACUAUUGUUGGAAAAGUGAAAGCCUUUGAUGCAGACAUUGGAACGAAUGCCUUUAUUGACUACUACAUUAUUGGUGGUAACAUGGAGAACAUCUUCACCAUUCAGCGGACAGGCAACAAUGAGGGGGAAAUAUUGACAAAAAAGAGGGUUGAUCGUGAACAGAAAGACCGUUAUCUUCUUACAGUGAAGGUUAGCAUGCCAUCAAAGCGACUCGAAGAAGUAGAUGCCACUUACAAUCCUGACGACAAGACCCAGCUCUUGGUUGACAUAAAAGUCGAAGACAUUGACGACAACACACCCUCAUUUGAGAAGCCAUCUUAUGUUCUCGGUAUACGAAUCAAUUCUGAGAUUAACAGUGAGCUGAUCACACUGAAAGCAAAAGACCCGGACAGUUCAUCAAACAUGAUAAUGUACUCGAUCCGGAAUGUUACAUACUACCGACCAUCGUCAAAAGAGUCAAUGCCUGUGAUGGGUCAGUUUGAACUUGAUGCCCACAAAGGUAUCCUUAGAAAUGUACGAAGCCUGGGUAAAUACAGAGAUGGAUAUUUUGACAUAACUGUUGAGUGCCAAAGUGCCCCUGGUCCCCAGAAUACUGCUGUAACGCAUGUGCGGGUUCACAUACUUCAUGAUUCAGACCUGAUGAAGUUUAUCUUUUAUAAACAACCACAAGAGAUCAGGAAAGUUGUACCGCAGUUUGAAAAGGAUUUAAAUCAUGCACUUGCCAGUGCUGUGACUGCCAACAUAUAUGACACUCAAUAUUCAACACGAGAAGAUGGAAGCCUUGAUUUUGAAAGUGCCAGCUCCUGCUUCCAACUUCUUGAAAAUGGGCUAGUGGUGAGCCCUGAUGUCGUCGCUAAAAUGUUGGACAUGUCAGCAUCACAGAAGAUUCAGGCACUCUAUCACAACUACAGUAUUGUGGGAAUCGAGAAAUGUACACCAGGGAGGAACCCCUACCAAAUGAGGUGGACUGAAAUAUGUGUCCUGAUUGUUGCCUGUCUCAUAGCUGUGAUGGGAUUCAUCUUGACUGUGAUACUUUGCUUUGUUCGUGCCAGCUACAAGGCUAAUCUCAAGCGAAAACUUAAACAGCGUGGUCCGAGACGACUUUGUGAGCAGACUCCAGCAGUGUCCAUGAUAUCUCUUCCAAGCCAUCAACGUAUAUAUGAAUGGCAGGAAUCCAAUCGGGCUCCUGCACUGGAUGCUAUGUCAUUCAGAAGCUACCCAACUAUGAGGUGAAAAUGUUCUGUCUCAGUGUAUGCCUUACCAAUGUUUUAACUGCUUAUUAUAUGCUGCAUCUGAAGAAUAUUGAUUUAGAACCGGCCAACACAUAUGCUACAAUGCAACCACAAUAUGCUCUAUGCUUUUUCUAUGGUCUGAUCUUCAGCAGCUUUAAUUUUCAGGAUAAAUAUAGAAAAUCGAGGCUGUAUAUAGUGAAUUUUCUGAGGUGAUUAAUUGAAAGUAAUACCUAGCUUUUCUUUGUCUACUCACAUUCACAAAUGUUAUAAUGGUGAAUGGUUUUUUUCACAUGUGUGCUUAUAGAUAUUGUUGGCUAUGCUUUUGGGUGUUUAUGCACAAAAAGCAGUGAUAAUGCCAUGAUGACCUUUAUUGGUUUCAAUGCCAUUUUCUACUGCCAUAUCUUUUGCCUGCUGUGCAUGUUGCUGUAUUAGGCAUUUUUCAGUGUUCAUGCCAUUGCCUAAUGUGAAUACCUCUCAUGCAAGAGUGCAGCUAUUUGCAGCUUCACCUGGGCAUUUAAUUUAGCUGUAACACACAUUGUACAUUGUCCAAGCUGCAGUAAUUUUAUACAACUGAGAAUUUCGUGGUCAUGCUUUUCUGUGUAGAUGUGCUUGAGCUGAAUGCUGUGAAAGUAGUGUCAGUGUCUUGAUGCGAGUUCAUCUAUAGACAAGAAAGAGGGAAGUGUCAAACACCCUACUAUUUUGCUUCAGCCAAGCUGAUGCAUACAACUGCACCAAUUGCAUCAUCACCUGGGAGGGUGUGUAGAAAUGUGGCUGCUUUUUUUUAAAUGCAUCUGAUUUUCAUAAUGACAAAUGCUUCUUGUGCAAACUUUACUACUUUGAAAUCAAACUGCAUAGAAAUAUGACAGAGAGUGAAAGAUUUUAAAUGAAGUGUUUAGUAUUAUGAAAGUAUUUCAGCACUCCACUCAUAAAAUCAAAGUAUGCUGUGACAUAGGUAACCUAAAGUGUAUAAUUUUUUUGGUGAAGUGAUUAAUGUGCUGUCUAUUAUAGAGGCAAUACUUGGGCCAGCUCUUAAUUUAAUUUGUAGGCACGGCUGUGCUGGGCAUACAGGCAGUAGGCCCAGUGUGAUCUGCUCAUCAUGUCUCACUGCAGACACAUACAAUACAUUCGAAUAUUUUUUUAGGUGAACUACAUUACAAACUUGAUAUUGCUUAAAAUCUAGUGCCUGAUGCCACAAUAAAAUUUUAACCCAGAUCAGUAAGCAGUUUUGACUGCCUGAAGUAGCUGCGUUCUUUAAUGGUGCAAUAAAUGCAAUGUCACAACUGUGAGACAAAAAUUGUGUUUUGUGAACCACACGAAAGCACUUUUGCCAAGCAGUUGUACCUUCUUUUAUAUGUGCAUGGUGAAUGUGUGUGCACCAGCGGAAGUUGUGUCCUGGGGAAAUUCACUUGUGAACAGGGCAAAGCCAUCGUGCAUCAUGCUAGUUUUGAGGCUGCAGAUUUAUGAAAUUGUGGUUAAAUGCAUAUUAGUACACCUGUAAACGAUGCUACUGAAUGGACAUUGAUUGAGUGAUGGUAUUACAUUAUCAUUUAAUAUUAUCACUAGCAUGGUUUGUUGUGACCAAUAUUUUUUUUAUGUGAAGUGUUAAAAUAGCCUUUACUCUGAGAGGCUUUAAUCAAUUCUUAUAGCCAUCACUUUGCUUACCACCUAGGUUAUAUUGACUUUACUGCUGCCAAGUAAGUUGAACAGCUUGGGAAGUGUCAAACAUUUUGUGUGUGACUGGACUUGAAGUUGGUGGUACGUCUGAACUAUUGCAUAGAGGUCAUUGGAGGCUACAGCUUUUAUGAGUGUUAAUUGUUUUGGAUCACCUUAUUUGUGUUUGUUUUUGGUAUGCUUGUGAAUUAUUUAUAUGAAAAUGUAGCUGUUAAAGCACCUGUAAUGAGAAGACUUUACUUUUUGUUGGCCUGAAUGCCCUUAUGACUUUUGACAAUCAUGUACAAUGUUUGAAAUAGCACAAGCUUGUUGUCGAACAACCGUAAAAGAAGUAAAAAAACACAUGCUAGCAAAAGGAAUUCUUGUCUUCAUAAGCGUAAGACACCCUGAGAUCUGCCUUUAUUUUUCAGCUGCGCUUGACUGUCACAGGUUUUCAUGACUGAAUCCUCUUCUUAUGUACAAUGAACAAUAGUCACAUUCCUAUUUUAACUGCCACCACUGUUCAUGAUGAAACCUUAGCAUUACAUGUCAACUCACAUACUGAAUGAAAAGGACUGGUGACCGAGUAAACACAGGUUAUUUUCUAUUCUACUUAGUCACCAUUGGAGAUAAUGCUUUGAGACUAUUUAAUAAUAAGACUAGCACUUUGUUACAUCUGAUCACGAGCCUAGCGUUCAUAUUGUAAACAACUUUUUUGAAAAAACUUCUCAUGAAUCGAAUGCUGCAGAAUUAAUACUGUGGAGUUCUCUUUAACUGAUUCAGUAUUAUGUAGAGAUGAAGUAUUGCAACAUAUUUAAAUGACAUAUCGUACCUAAAUACAUGUUUGUUAUGGGGCCUAAUUUUAUGAAACAGGUUAAAUUUAAGCAUAAUUUAUGAAGCUAUUAUUGCAACCUCAAAUAGUGCCUUGUUCAACACAAACAGCUUCUGUGAAAGCUAACACUUUAAGACUUUACAUGCAAGGUCUGCAUUGUGUAGUUUUCACCUAUUAUGAAACUUUUUGGUACUAGUGCAUUGCAAGCCUUCUACCGAGAUACUGGUGUAAAAUUUUUGCCGUCCCCCUUUCCCCUGAUAUAUAUGUAUAUAUAAUCUUACACACAUACACUACGGCAGGAGUGUUCAUAAAGUAAGUUUCUCUGCCAUUGAACUUGCGUGCUACAAGAAGCUUUGCAAAUAAUUUUCAAUUCUACAUGACAAUGCCAGUAUAGAUCAAAAUUCUGGCUUGCUAGUUUUUGUUGCAAGAAGUUUAAUGGAGUAAAAUGUUACAUUAUACAGGGAGCAAAUUCAGUGCAAACAUGACAGUCAUGGUGCAUGUGCAUUUGAUGGCAUGUUUUUGUGCAGAAUGUACAAGCAUGCUGUAACAAGGGGUUGAGAGACUGGGUGGAAGGACAUGAGCGUGUGACUUGAAAUUCAGUAUUGAGGAGAUGGUGGCUUACUCACCAGUGGUUCUUUGGCUACAUGGCAUGCUGCUGCUGAGUAGGAUGUGAAGAAAGAACCAUGUUCAGUCUACCACUAUGAGAUACCUCAAAGUACAUAGUUAUGUACUUAACUACUUACUAAUAUUUUGCUUUAAAGUAUUAUGCCAGAAAUCUUUCAAAGUUGCUAGCAAAUAAUUCAACCAAUGUGAUGGCACUUCUUACAUUCAGAACCAGCACCAGAUUUCAUUGCAGCAUUACCCUGGUUUCUGCGGAAAGUUAGUUCUUUUUUUCUUUGCUGUCUCUGAGGAUCUCAUACACAGUAUUUGCUGCCAAAAAUCAGCAUUGCAUUAUCUCUUAUUUUUCUUCUUUUCUUGACACUCCAACAUAAAGCUGAGGUAAGGAUGGGAAACUCAUUUUAUGGCAUUAAUAAGUAAUGUCCUAAUACUCUGCACAACGAAACCUGUCUCUUGCCAACAUCGUCUGGUUUAAAUGGUCCUGGCACAUCGUGAUACCUUUUGCUUGUGUUAUUGCUACUGGUUGUUAUAUUUCCGUGCUUAGUAUUCCUGCACUUUAUUUUUCGGCUACAUCAUUUGAUCGCCCAUUUGUGCUGGCACCGUUGGGGACAGGUCCUCCUUUUUCACAUUCGUGCUCCACAUAAUUGACUAAUACAAGUUACACGGAGUGUUCUGCAUACACUCAUGCAUGCACAAUAUAAAUUUAUAGAUGUUUCAGUUUCAUAAACAUUCGGUUGAAACUUGUGAUUUUGCAUAAUACAGUAGACUCUGGCGUCUCUCAUAAUCAUAUAGUGGUUUUGGGAUGUUAAACCCCACAUAUCAAUCAAUACAGUAGACUCUCAGUAAAUGGAAAUAUGGUAAACAGAAUACUGCUUAAACGGAAAUAUUUCUACGGCUAUGCUUGGUUUCGGGCUUGUAUUCUGCACCUAUGUUCUUCUCUUAGUAAACAGAACUCCUGUUAAAUGGAACAUAUUUUCCCGGUCCCUUCAGGUUCCGUUUACUGAGAGUUUACUGUACAAGUAUUUAAACAUGUGGUGUGAUGUUCUCAGUUGUACAGAACCUUGAUGUUGGUUGAGGGUUUUUCUCAAAUUAUUAAACGUAGCUCUUAGCUUCUAGUGCCUGCAAUCAUCAGCAAAACUAGGAACUGUAUUGACGUGUAUGAAAACAACCGUGAUUACCCAGCAUGACGAACUGUGGUGCUAUGUAAAAGCAUAGAAACACUUCCUGGUUGUUUCAUUUAUGUGUGGUGCCUGAGAUUUUAGUAGUAGCUUCAACAUCCAUUUGUUAUUGCCGCAUGAUGUGUGUAUGUUUUAAAGUAUGCUUCCCACAUAGGCUGUUUUGUAAUUUGGUGCAGAGCAGACAUCUAUGCUUGGGCAAAAGGAUAUUACUGGCACUGUGCUAUGCCAAGAGCUAAAAGCCAGUUUAGACUGCUAUGCCAGCCUCUGCAAUUAUCAUAAAGGUUGUCUUUGCAAUCUUGGAAGUGAGACAUUGUAUAUAGUUUGGACAAGCAGGUUUGCUUGCAUUGAAACUAAAUCUAGAGGCUAGAAUGAAACUUAGGUAAGUCGAAAUUCUUUGAAUGUCAGUUACAGCUGAAAGCAUGCUUUCAUAUUAUUAUUGUUAUUCUUUGAGCAAUUUACCACAAGGCAUAUGUACGAAAAAUUAGCAAUAAGGCAUCAGUAAAUGCAUGGCCUUCUGUUUCAUGCAGAUGCUACAUUGUUUUGUGAAGUUUUUGCCCCAUUAUUCAACAGGUAAAGUAAUCUGGCAGACUUGGUUUUAAUGUGGUCUGCCUGAGUUACCUAUACUAAGCAUUCUUAGUACUGUCUUGCUACUCAUAAAAUAUGAGAUCAUUCACCACAGUGAUAUUGUGCGAGCUAAGCUUUAGCUUCACAUACCACAGCAGGCAGCUUUGCUGUUAUUUCUAUCUACAAAAGUUGUAACAAUGUUAAAAGUGUAGGGCCUAUGUUAUUAGGGCAAAAUGUAUUGAUGGCAAUGCCUAGUGUAUGUAUGAACCAGUUUCUCCUCUAGCAGUAAAGCAGACUGGAAUUCUUCAGCGUAAUCCCUUUGCUCAUGCAGCUUUCAUAGUUACUUAGUUAUGAAACCAGAAGAGAAAAAGCUUUCUGGUGUGGGAAUAAAGAUACAAAAGCGUGCUUACUUGAAGGUGGUGGCGUUGAUCUUCUAUACAUAGUCAGAGGCUUAGUUUGCUGGUCGGCUGCCAGUUCUGCGUCUUCUUAUACAAGGAACCAUUCUUUAUUUGUGCCCUAGUGCUUUUAUGCAUGCACACUGUAAAUAUGUAAAAAAUAUUUGUGUUUUUAUGUGUGACUUAUUACUUGCCAUUGGAUAAUGUGUGCUCCUAGCAAUUGUGUACAACAAUGUCACAUUGUGGCAUCGUCAAGUUAAGUGCGUGAUUCAGUAUUUAUUCUCUAAUAAUGUAUUCUCUUAUUCAGCUAUGUGUAGUGAUCAAUGUAUCUCAAUCAUAACAAUGUAAUGCCAACGAGUGCCUUAACUGUAGUCAAGAGAUACUUUACAGUGAGCUCUACUUGGAAGGCUUCAUUAUGUGUAGGCUUUACAAACAUUGUUAGUGUACAUGUUAUUGAGUGUACUAGUGUCUGUUCUCGGAUCUUUCUUUCUUUUUUUUUGGUGUCUGCAUUCUUGACACCAUACCAUUUGUGUAAUAAGUCUGACUGCACUGUUAUACAGUGUGUCCCAGGUAUCUUUAGCCAGAGUUUAAAAAUAUGCCGGAACACUUAAUCACGACGCGACUAAAUGCAUAUUGCUCACCGCUGCCUGGACUUAGACUAUUUUUUGUGUUCUCAAAUAUUGUUUAAUCAGAUCUGUUUAAUUAACUAAC